AAGAUAAUAAGUUGGUGGAUUUUAGUAAAUCUUAUGCUUUUUAACUUUAUAGUUUUAAUUUAUACGAUUUAUAGCUUAUGCAGAGGUAUAUAUAUCAAAUACUUCAAAGUGAGAUUUAUAGUAUCAAAAGUUUAAGAAACUGAGGUUUCAAUUAAAUGGAAGCAAAUAAGAAACAAUUUUAAGUUAAAAAGAUAUAUCAUUUCCAAAAAAAAUGCACCAAUCCCUCUAUCAGUGAAUGAAAUACUUAAUUAAAGUGCUGAUAUUAGUUAAUUUAGUAGCUAUUCUUCAAAGAAUUUUGAAGAAAAAUCUGAUUGCAUAAAUGAAUUAUCUAUUAAAUGGUAAAUAAAUCCUCUUAAAGUGAGAGAGAUAGCUCUUCCAAAAAUUCAAAAAUGA